AUGGCCUCCAAGGAGCUCACCUACCAGGAUGUUGCCGAGCACAACACCAAGAAGGAUCUCUACGUUGUCAUCCACGACAAGGUAUACGACGUUAGCAAGUUUGUGGACGAGCACCCCGGUGGUGAGGAGGUUUUGCUCGACGUUGCCGGCCAGGAUGCCACUGAGGCCUUCGAGGAUGUCGGCCACAGCGAUGAGGCCCGUGAGACGCUCGAGCAGCUCCUGAUCGGGAACCUGAAGCGCAACCCCGGCGAUCCCAAGCCCAAGGCCCCCAUUCCCGGCGCGGUCGCUCCGCCAGCCAACACCUCCAACGCCACCGGGCUCGGUAUCGGUCUGUAUGCUAUUGUCCUCCUCGGUGGGCUGGCCGCAUUUGGUGCCUACCAGUACCUGCAGCAACAGCAGGCUGUCCAGAGCGCUUAA